AUGAAGGCCUAUUCUUCAAUGCGGACCCUUCAACCAAAAGACCCUAACGCCGAGGCCGCCGCGGCGGCUCUGGCCAGCAGCGUCGACGAGGCGGCAACCACCGAGGAUGGCACUUCCUCCAACAAGGCCAGGAAGAAUGUCAGCCGGGCUUGUGACCAAUGUCGAAAGAGGAGAAGAAAGUGCAACGCGCUCCGACCCUGUGCACCUUGCAUCCAUAUUGGACGGAGGUGCACUUACGACAUGGACUCCAAAUAUGGCGACCUGAGACGCAACCGGAACUCGGUCCAGCACGUCGAGAAACUACGCCAACAACAGGCCGUCCUUGACCGACUCUUGCACCUGAUCCGGAAUUCGGACGCUGACGAGGCCAUCCAGGCGGUCAGAGAGGGUGCCACCUUCCAGGAGAUAGCGAGUGUUCUCUUGGGUAACCCGCCAGAAGCCCCUUUGUCUCAGACGGGGGGAAAUUCGUCGAGCGACACCUCCUUGGAAGAUUCGUCCGGUCAAACAACGUCAGACAAAUCUGACAGCUCCGGGUCAGAUCCUGUAAGGUCCACCAGGUCACCGAGGGGAAAAGGCAAGGCCGUGGAGCAUGCCGUUGGAGUGUGGCGCGGGAAACCUGGGAAGCAGCUUCCAGCACCUGAGUCGAUUGAGGAGACCGUCCUUCCUUCCGCUGGAGAAUCCUAUACCUCUGCAGGUAUACCGCAAGGCCAACAACACGCAUCUGGAGACCGAGUUUGGACUGGCUUAGCAGGACGUCUCACCACCGUGGAACUGAACAAGAUCAACAUGCCGAUCUUUAGCUGCGAUCCAUUUCACAUCGAGUCGGACGACAUGUUGUCCAGGACCAUCCUGAGCUUCCGCGAUGGCGCCCGGAAAGCAUUGCAAGGGAACGCCAAUGUCCAUGAUCUCAUCGGAACCAAGAGACCAGACCUCGAGCUGUUCCUACGGCAGCGACGAGAAGGCGACCCCCACACUGCCUGGACCUGGGCCUGCGAGCUGGCGAAAGCGUAUCCAUUGCCAUUGACGGUGCAAUUGACCGGGAUCUUUGUUGCCGGGAUCCAAAUGCGGUAUUUCAUUCAUCCAUGCAAAGAAACAUAUGAGAACUUGCCUGUGAUGUUAAGACCCAUGAAGCAGCAAUACACGCAACCACACGCUGCAGGAGCUGACAUCUGUGCCAUACCUCCCGUCAAGCAGUAUCUUCUUUCUCAUUGGGACUCGUACGCCUCGCUCUUAGCGGCCGGGCAAUACAACAAAUGGCCGUACAGUAACAAGGCGUGUUUCGGCAUGGACCGGACCAGAAAUAAACCCACACUCUCGACGGCGUUUCUUGAACACAUAUCAGACCCCAAGAACCACACUGUCGGGCCCAAGAUACUGGAACUCGUGCCAGAGGCGGCGGAGUAUGUGAACCACGAAGAAGGCUUGACAGGCCAUGAUGAUGCACGAUAA